AUGACUUACCCGCAGCUUCUGCCUCGUGCCGCAUUCGAGAAGUGGAUACAUGGCCAUUUUCUCAAGAUUUGCAUACCUUAUCCGCGGCCAAUCUUCAGUGGCUCGCCAGUCUACGCACCUCUUAAUCUCACCGCCGUCAUCCACCUCAUGAUCAGCAUGUUUGAAAUGGGCUAUCCUGCACACUGGCUGCUCAGGGUAUUUUCUCAACUAUGCAGUGGGGUCAUCACCACUACGGCCCGCCCGCCAACAGAGCGCGUUACUGAUGCUCCUGCUGCUGAUGCUGUGCAUGCGCCCAAAGAAUUUUCUGUGCAGCCUUGGGUUUCCGAGUUUACUACCAUGCUCAGCAUCUGGUGUGGUCUGAUUCCAUUCGGCAUGGACUCGUUGGGCGGAUCUCUUGUCCCGCUUACAGACAUAAACCAGUACAGUAUUGCCUUUCCCCCCUUUGCUGCCCAGCACGAGCGCCUCCCGCAUUUUAUUCUCUUAUUCUGGAACACGAAAAUUGGGUACACGUUGAAGCCGCCAGCUUCCUUGUAUUCGAUUCUCUCGGGCAGCGGUAAUUAUUACGCAAACACACACGCAUCACCCAAGGUUCUGCUAGACAAGGCAAUCGUCUGUGUAUCCGCUUUCCAAUAUGUCAUGGAAUCGAGGAGCGCUGUGUUUUCAAUGCGGGCUGAUCAAAUGGAGGAGAUGAAAGCUGGCGAGUGGAGGGCAUUCAUCUGGCGAACAGAUGCUUGGCAAGCUGUGACUGAAGGCGUGGAAGUAUCUCGUGGUCUGGUGACUCGUCAAAAUUGGGGCAGCAUGGUUUAA